AUGCCCGACCAUAAACCCCAAUCCCCAAUCCCAUCCCGCCUCAAAGACCUUGUCGCCCUGAUCACCGGCGCCGCCGGCAAUAUCGGCUUGGAAACCGCAUGUCGGCUUUUACAUGAAGGGGCCAAGGUCGUGCUCGUUGAUAUCGAUGAGAAUAAGCUGGCAACAUCCAAGCGGGAGCUUGUUGAUUCUUUGACCAAAUCCCCCUUGUGUACUGACGAGUUGGUGGCAGAUGAGGCCAUUCUUACUGUUCGAGCGGAUGUCACGGUCGAAGAGGAUGUCUUGAACUCUGUUAACGAGACUGUGUCGAAGUUCGGAAGAUUGGAUAUUGCUGUGCUCUGUGCUGGGGUCUCGUAUUCUUCGACGAGUGUAUUGGAAACGAAUGUUGAGGUUUAUGAUAGGGUUAUGCGAGUGAACUCUCGGUCUGCUUUCUUGGGCGUGAAGCACUGCGGAAAUGCAAUGAAGGAAGCCGGGUCCGGGGGUAGUAUCAUUCUCGUUUCCUCGAUUGCUGGUCUCCGUGCCACCCCUGGGUUAUCGGUGUACUCAAUGUCAAAGUUCGCGCUACGCGGUCUGUGUCUCUCUGCGGCGGCUGAGCUGGGGCAAUUUAAUAUUCGUGUGAAUACGGUGCACCCGUCUGGAGUUAAUACGCCUAUGUUUCUUGCUUCUUGGUCGCCUGAGAAGAUGGAGAGUAUGCUUGCUACUGUUCCUCUUGGGAGGUGGGCUGAGGUUGCUGAUGUUGCGGCAUUGGUUGCGUUUUUGGGAAGUUCUGAUGCGCAGUUUAUGACUGGUGGGGCGCUGAAGGUUGAUGGGGGUGUUGUUAUGCAUUGA